CUGUCACCUGUCAGUCGGGCGCAGAAUGUCGGCGGAGGAGCAGCGAUGAGCGUCCCGGGACAGCAGAGUCGGGUGUCGGGUGACCCGCAGCACACCCGGGGGAUACGUGACCCCCAAAACACCCGAGCGAUGACCGACCCUCAGCAGAAACGGGGGCCGGGUGACCCCCAACAGACACCGAGGAUGGAUGACCCGCCAAAGAGCCAAUCAGAGAGUCACCCGGUGUCCGGUGACCCGCAGCAGAGCCCGGCAGAGAGUCACCCGAAGAAGCGGCUGUCGGAUGACCCCCAGUUUAAGUUCGGUGACCCGCAGAUCCGGGCGAUGGGGGACCCGGUGCUGGCGGUGGUGAGGACGGUGGCCCGGGUGUUGUUGCUCCUGGUUCCGGUGUAUGUGGUCGGGCGGCUCGGGCUGAGUGUCACUUGGCUGCUCCUCGGACUUUUCCUCUGGACCUUCUGGAACCGGAACAAGAAAAGUAAAUUGGCCCGACUGAGGGCGGCAUGGGAGCUGCUGGACAACGAGUGCCUGGAGGUGACCCGCGGGCUGAACGGACAGCAAAUGCCGGCCUGGGUCAACUUCCCGGAUGUGGAUCGCGUGGAAUGGAUCAACAAGAUUGUGAAGCAGAUGUGGCCAUAUUUCGGGAUGUACAUGGAGAAACUCUUCCAUGAGAAGAUUGAGCCUCUGGUCAGAGCAUCGAAUGAUCACAUGAAAGCUUUCACCUUCACCAAGGUUAACUUCGGAGACAAGUCUCCUAGAAUAAAUGGAGUGAAGGUUUACACCAAGCAGGUGGACAAGAGGGAGGUGAUCCUGGACCUGCAGCUCUGCUAUAGUGGAGAUUGUGAGAUCAACGUGGAGGUGAAGAAGUUGUGUAAGGCCGGCGUGAAGGGCCUCCAGAUACACGGGACGCUGCGGGUGAUUUUGGCCCCUCUGAUGUCCGAUGUUCCGUUUAUCGGCGCCGUGACUUUCUUCUUCAUCCAGAAGCCGUUUCUGGAUAUUAAUUGGACGGGACUGACGAAUUUGCUGGAGAUCCCCGGAGUCAAUGACAUGUCGGACGGGAUGAUAGUGGAUCUCAUUGCCUCGUACUUGGUGCUGCCCAACCGAUUCACAUUCCCUCUGUGCAGUCAGGUGAACGCAGCCGAACUGAGAUUCCCGGUGCCACAUGGUGUGCUCAGAGCUUAUCUCUAUGAAGCUGAGAACUUGAUUCCCAAGGACACCUACCUGAGGGGCCUCAUAAAGGGCAAGUCUGACCCAUACGCCGUCCUUCGGGUGGGAAAUCAGACGUACAAGAGCAAGACGAUACAAGAGAACCUGAAUCCUCUCUGGAAUGAGAUGUAUGAGUUUGUGGUACAUGAAGUCCCCGGGCAGGACCUGGAGAUCGAUGUUUAUGAUGAAGACCCUGAUAAGGACGACUUUCUCGGCAGCCUGGUGAUUAACCUGGAGGGGGUGAUGAAAGAUCGGGUUGUUGACGAGUGGUUUCCGCUCUGCGAUGUGGUCAGCGGAACCGUUCACCUCAAACUGGAGUGGCAUUCACUGCUGGCCAACCCAGAAAAAUUGUGUGAGGCUGGGAAUGGUAUGACCAUCGCCAUGGUGAUUGUGUAUCUGGACAGCGCCGGAGGUCUGCCUGUGAUAGUUAAAGGCCGGAAGUCUCCUUUCUCUGAAGUCCUUCGGGGAAAGUCCCGACACACGAAAAAUCAUUUUGAAUAUUCAAACAAUGAAUACAGCGGCAUAGGACAGAGAUACACGGCGCACUCCAUGCAGUCUGAAAAGGAGCCGACCUCCUAUGUCGUCAUGUCUCUGGGGAAGAAGACUGUGAAGAGUAAGACGUGUUCCACCACGAAGGACCCGGUGUGGGAGCAAGCCUUCUCCUUCUUCAUCCAAGAUGUCCACACCCAGCACCUUCAACUGGAGGUGAAGGACAAUACCCGGCAGUGUUCUCUGGGGAUGUUGAACUUUCCUCUCCAUCGCGUCCUCACCAUGGACGGUCUCACGGCGGAUCAGAAGUUUCCUCUCACCAACUCCGGCCCCAACAGUUUCAUCAAGAUGAAGGUCGUGUUGAGGGUUCUGCAGAUCGAGGACCCCGACCCGGACAGCGUCUACGCGGGGAUCAACUCCCUAAAGCACGGCCCGGUCUCCAUCAAGCGAGCGAAUCAAGACAAACCCCACAAGAAGCCCCAAAGCACGUCCGACGCCCCCCAGAAUCAGGGCCACUGCGUCCAACAGAACAAGGUGACCCCGCAGCAGAACAAGGUGACCCCGCAGAACAAGGUGGCCCCGCAGCACAAAGCCAUCCCCCAGAACAAAGUGCUCCGGAGGGACAGUAGCCUCAGCAGUACCCAUCGAGUAUAUCAGACCGCCCCCGACCAGAACCAGCAAGCCAACCAGAACGCUGGAAACGGCGCGGCCGCCUCCGCCCCUCAAACCCCAAAACUGAGACACCUGCAGAGGAUCGCGCCCAGCCUUAUGUCACUCAACUCUUUGGCCUCCUCCGUCUUUGACCUGAAUGAGGACUUCGGUGGUACCGGCUUGCUGCUUGGUGAGAUCAACAUCUCCAUACGUUACGCGUCAUUACGGCACUGCCUCAUCGUGUCCGUCAACGGCUGCAGGAACCUGAUCCAGUGCUCCAAUCACGGCGCAGACCCCUACGUCCGAAUUUACCUGCUGCCGGACCGGAGGUGGGCCAACCGCAAGAAGACCUCCGUAAAGAGGAAGACCCUCCACCCCAUCUACAACGAGAGGUUCGAGUUUCUGGUUUCUCUGGAAGAUGCGAAGAAGCGGAUGUUGGACGUCGCUGUGAAGAAUAACAGGCAGUUUGGGUCUCAUGAGAGGAAAGAGAUGGGGAAGGUAUUGGUGGAUCUCUCCCGGAUGGAUGUGGAUCAGGGAAUCACCGACUGGUUUGAGCUGACAGCCAAUGGAUACCCGACCUCCUGACCGACGUCUGGAACGUGAAAUGGACUCCCCCCCCCCCCCCCCCCCCCC